ACAGGAGAACCUACAGGAGGACCAGCAGGAGGAACUGAACUAGGAUGUGAAGGAGGAGUUGGAGGAGCUGGUUUUGAAACAGUCAUUAAUGUGUGAGAGGCACUGAAAGGAAGUCACUGUCAGUGAUGGAGGGAGAUUCAGUCACUCUAUACACUGAUGUUCCUGAGAUACAGACAUAUGAUGUGAUACGGUGGAGGUUUGGAAAUGAGGAACCCUCUAUAGCCGAAAUCAACAGAACAGCUGAAAUCUUCAGCACAUCUGAUGGUCCUGACGGUGUAUUCAGAGACAGACUACAGCUGGAUCAUCAGACUGGAUCCUUAACCAUCAGGAACAUCACAACCAAACACUCUGGAUCCUAUAUGGUUGAGAUCUACAGCAGUGGCAUGAACGUAAUAUAUAAGUUAUUCACAGUGACUGUCAGUAAGUUUUAUUAUCUAUAGCACAACACUCAAACUGUCUUUUGAAUCAUCUGAGAUCUGAGACUGAAGCAUAUAUUUUUCCUCAAGUAAAAAUAGUUAUACGUUAAAUUUCUUGAUGCAGCAGCAGACUAUGUUAAAGGGUCUGUUAAAAAGUUUAUAAUUAUAAUUCCCCACCAACAGGUUUACAUGCAUUUUUUUUUACAAUAUGCAUUUGGUUUUACCUGAAGAAUCUUUUCAAACUGUUUAUUUGCAUGUGUCUACUCUGCUCUGAUCAGUAAUAUAGUGUACUUAUAAAGUUUGUAACCAUUGUAUAGCUCGAUCUUUUAUCAUGACUCCAAGUAGACUGGAGAAAGAGUUUGUGAUUACACUCCUACUGUUAAAGUGUAAACUUAACAGAAAUGAAAAUGACUUGUUUAAGCAGUUCAGAGUCAACCCUUUUUUUUGAGAGACAAUAACUUUAUUCAUGAUGCACUUUCAGCUUUACUUAUAUCUUUGCCAAAUAUUGUUCUAUUCUAACAAAUCAUAUACCAAUAGAAAGCUUAUUUAUUUAAGUAUCAUAUAGACACACACACACACACACACACACACACACACACACACAUACACAUAUACAUGUAAUAUUUACUAAAGUUGGUAAGUGAAACAUCCUAAUGUUUUCUUGUUUCUUCUGUAAUUUUGUAAAAUUCUGUAAUUUUGUUGUUUGAGACCAAACUGAAGGAUAAAUAAUAUUUCAGUUUUAUAAGUUUUAUCUCUGACUGACUGUUUCUGUUUGAUCAUCAGGUGUGUUUGUUGGGUCAUUGUCAGUGAUGGAGGGAGAUUCUGUCACUCUACACACUUAUGAAAUCCUACAGGCAUAUGAAGCGAUUGAGUGGAGUUUUAAUGACACUCUUUUAGCUAGCGUGAUUAACAACAACGCUAGAUAUGUCGAUAAUGUAAAAUUCAAGGACAGACUGCAGCUGGACAUUCAGACCGGAGAUCUUAAGAUCACAAACAUCAGAACCACAGACACCGGACUUUAUAGUAUAAGACAAUUCAUAGACGCAUACUCAUCCAGAUUAGCUUUGUUUGACGAUUUUCUUAUGUCUCCGUAUUAUGCAUCACAGAAGACAUUCAGUGUCACAUGUGUGAACCAAACUGGAGUAAUGUCACUGUCAGUGAUGGAGGGAGAUUCAGUCACUCUAUACACUGAUGUUCCUGAGAUACAGACAUAUGAUGUGAUACGGUGGAGGUUUGGAAAGCAGAAAUGUCCUAUAGCUGAAAUAAGUAGAAUGGCUGGAAUCUUCUACACAUAUUUAAGUUAUGGUGGAAUGAUCAAAUACAGACUAUUGCUGGAUGGUGAGACUGGAUCUCUGACAAUCUCGAACACUGAAACAAGCCUUUCUGGAAUUUAUGAGGUUGAUUUCACCAACAGCGGCGGCAAACACACCAUGCACAAGUCAAUCAAUUUAACUGUCGAUGUGUCUGGUGAGUCAGUAUCAGUGAUGGAGGGAGAUUCUGUUACUUUACAGACUGAUGUCACUAAAUUACUGGAAUAUGAAGAGAUUGAGUGGAGUUUUAACAACACUCGCAUAGCUAGUGUGUUUAAGAACAAGGUUAUAUAUGAGGAUGAUGUAAAAUUUAAGGACAGACUGCAGCUGGACAUUCAGACCGGAGAUCUUAAGAUCACAAACAUCAGAACCACAGACACUGGACUUUAUAAGUAUGAUAUCUACAGAGUCAAGAAAAUGCAUUCACGUGAUACAUCACGGAAGACAUUCAGAGUCUUAUGUGUGAGAGGCACUGGAAGGAAGUCACUGUCAGUGAUGGAGGGAGAUUCAGUCACUCUAUACACUGAUGUUCCUGAGAUACAGAGAUAUGAUGCGAUACGGUGGAGGUUUGGAAAGCAGAAAUCUCUUAUAGCUGAAAUCAACAAAACAGCUGGAAUCUUUAACAUAUCUGAUGGUCCAGACGGGAGAUUCAGAGGCAGACUACAGCUGGAUCAUCAGACUGGAUCUCUGACCAUCAAGAACAUUGAAACCAGACACUCUGGACUUUAUGAGGUUGAGAUGAGAAGCUUCGGCAAAUACGCCACAUACAAGUCAUUCAAUGUGACUGUCAGCGGUAAAAUGCAAACAGUAUUAGUUAUUGAGGGAGAUUCUGCCAUUCUACAGAUUGAGCAUGACAAAAUGCAUGCUGAAGAACUGAUAGAGUGGAUAUUUGAAAACACUGCCAUAGCUAAAAUCCUUGAAGGAUCUAGACCUGUUUAUUUUGGUGGGAUAUUCGAGGGAAGACUGAUGCUGAAUGAUUGGACUGGAUCUCUGACCAUUAAAAAUGCCAGAACCACAGACUCUGGGCUUUAUAAACUGAAGAUCAGUCACAAAGGAAAUCUAAUAAUUAAUGUGGAUGUCAAUGUUACUGUAACAGCUUGGCCGAUCACAUGUGAUUCAGGUCUGUCUUCAGGUGGUAUAGCAGGAAUAUGUGUUUGUGUUAUUGUUUUGCUGAUCGUUGCGGUUGUUGUGAUUUACUGCCGCAUAACCCGAUAACUAAAACAGCUAACAGUGAUCCAAACCACAAAAGAAGCAGAGCUCAGAGAAAUUCCCUCUUCUACUUAUUAUUUAAUCACUGUUAAGCAAAGUGUAUUCUGUGACUCUAUUGUGUAAAUAUGGAGAAAAAUGUAAUUUCGUUGUGAGAUUAAUCAGUAAAACUGUGUAGGGAGAUGGGCACCAAUUUCUUUGGAUUUUACAGUAUACAGUAAUUUGGUCUUCAUUUGUUAAAAAAAAAUGUUAUUUAAAACCUUUAGGAAGUUCUAGUUUUAUUACGAUGAUUAUUAUAUGAUUGUUUAUUACUUGUGAUGAGAUAUCCCUACAAUCUUAAGAGACUGUGUUAAUUAUAUCGCUCUCCAGCUGUAACAUUGAUAGAUGUUUGAAAUACAUAAUUGUUUUACCCAUUUUGCCAUGGCCUAUGAAAGGGUA